AGAUAACUGUUCCUGGUAUAGACUACUUUUCAAAGCAUGUGGAGUCUUGCAGGGAACCGGUAGCUUGGGGGCUUCGAAGCCUGGGUUGUGGUGGUGACACCAACCCCAGACUGAUAAGCCCCAAGUGCCGUCAAGCGUAGGUUGAUCCUGUCUAUAAAGUCCUGGGAAAUGAAUGAGGUACCCACGGAGUAGAGACGCGUUAGAUAUUCGCAAGUCACAGAGUUCGUUUUUUUGGUAAUUUGAUUCUACUCAUUACUUUAUAUAAUGUCCUCGGAUAUCAAACGCGACGACUUUCUGCAGCCGGCCACCUCAGCUGUGGUCGGCGAGUCAUCCAAGAUUGAUGAUCGGGAGUUGGAUGAGGCCGCAAAGUACCUCGCGAAUCAUGAAGAAUUUGGCCCGAUGACUCCAGAGCAGGAGAAGGCGAUUGUAAAAAAGAUUGACUCUUGGAUGAUUCCUUUGUUGGUGUUCACCGCGACCCUCUCCGCCGUCGACAAAGUAGAAAUAGGGACAGCCUCCUUAUAUGGGUUCCAAAAGGAUAAUGGCAUGGUUGGCCAACAAUAUAGCUGGCUUGGUAGCAUCCUUCCAUUGGGUACUUUGAUUGGGUUGAUUCCAGCUUCAUGGCUUGUACAACGAGUGCCCGCUGGGAAACUUCUCGCGGUCGGCUCCUUGUUAUGGUCGAUUUGCACCUUGAUGUACGCGGCGUGCCGAACCUGGUCCGGCUUCAUGGGCCUGCGAUUCUUGCUAGGUUUCCUCGAAGCCGUUUCAACGCCAUGUUUCACAGUGCUCGUUGCGUCGUUUUACAAGAAGGAAGAGCAACCACCUAGGAACGGAAUCAUCUUCGCAUACUUCUCGUCAAUCUUCAACGGCUUUUUCGCCUGGGUUAUCGGAUACAUUCCUGCAUCCGCUCCAUUGCUGAAAUGGCAGUACCUCUAUCUCUUAACGGGGUCGAUCAACGUGGUCUAUUCGAUAUUCUUAUGGUUUGUCUUGCCGGACAGCCCCAUGAAUGCGUUUUUCUUUACACCGGAGCAAAAAUAUCAUGCUACAAGGCGACUCGCGGCGAAUCGAACUGGUAUCGCCAACAGGGUGUGGAAGUGGGAUCAAGUCUGGGAAGCACUGAUUGACCCGAGGGUAUGGCUGAUCGUCUUAUUCAACAUUACCAUCAACAUCCCCAACGGUGGGCUCCAAGCGUUCGGAUCGAUCAUUAUCAACAAUUUAGGGUAUAGCCCCCUUGUUUCUAGCCUGCUCACGAUGCCAUUCGGUAUUUUGGCUACUGGUGGCGCUUGGGCCUUUGGAUAUCUCGCAGCGAAGUGGCACAACAGGCGAGCACUAACUGCCUCGCUUGCUUUAUUGCUUCCCAUUUUUGGAACCGCCUUGGUAUACGGAUUACCACGGACCAACGUUGCCGCUCAAAUGGUGGGAUUGUAUUUUAUGUACUUUUAUUGGCCCCCAUACGUUGUUGGCAUAUCCCUUAUUCAGGCAAAUACUGCUGGUAUGACGAAGAAGGCCGUCUCAUACAGUAUGGUCACUAUAGGUUAUGCGGCCGGAAACCUGAUCGGACCCCAGACUUUUAGAAGCAACGAAGCGCCCAAAUACGUGAGCAGUGUUAUAGCUAUGUUGGUAUGUUAUUGCGCGUGUAUGCUUAUCCUGCUGGCAUAUUGGGUCUUCGGAGCCUGGGAAAACAAGCGAAGGGACCGCAAGUUCGGUAAACCAGAGGAAGUACACGAAGGCACCGCUGAUGGGUUCAUCGACGAGACUGACAUAAAACAAACUGGCUUCCGUUAUACUACCUAGAGGCUUUGUACGACUGGUACAAAAUUGACGCCGAGAGAAGACGGGCGAUGUU